GCAGCGGCAGCAAGGACCGGCCACCGCUGCCGUCAGGCGCACCUGGGGUAGCCGCGUCGCCGGGGUCCGGGCGGCCGCCGCGUGCCGGCGGCGGCGGCGGGCCCGGCACCAGCAGCUCCCCAACACCCCCGGGAUCACGGGGCAGUGUCGGCAGCGGCGGGCUGAUGGAGGGGCAUGCUCAGGGGCAUGGGCAGCUGCACUCGCACCCCAUCUCGCCCUCGCCGCUGCCGGGCCACCAGGUACCCGGGCAACACCCCCACUCGCCGCUCGGCUCGCACCAGCACCACCAGCACCACCACAACCACCACCACCAACAGCAGCAGCUGCCUGGCUACCCGAGCCAGGGCGCCGGCACGCCCACUCGCUCCACCCCGUCAGGCUCCGGGGAGAACUACUUCCACGACGGCCCACUCACAGGCGGCAGCGCACCCGCCCUGCCACCUUUCCUGGGCUCCGGGUUCCUUCCGCCAGCCUCUGGCGGGUCCUACGACUUGAAUGGCGGCGGCGGACAGUGCGGUGCAGAACCCUACAGCUCACAGCAGGCGCAGACCGCGGAGCAGCAGGCGCUGCAGCAGCAGGGCGGCGGCAGCGACAUAGGGUACGCCUUCUCGUCCUCCUCUACGGUGGAAGCCGUGGGAAGCUCCGAAGCAGGCGCAUGGGCGGGUGCGUCAGGAGGCCGUGGCGGCAGCCGUGAUGCAGGCGGCACCCGCACCGCGCCCGCAGGGGCCUCUCGCGGCAGGGCUGCGGCCGGUGGAGGGCAAGGCGGCGCGGCCAGGAGAGGCGGUGGUGGCGGCGGGCCACAACCAUCGAUCCAGCAACAGCAGCAGCAGCAGCAGCAUGCAAGACUGGAGUCAGGAUCUCGGGGCAGCGCCGGUCUCCUGAAUCGGUCAGCGUCAGACAGCGCGUUGCGAAUGGCAAAUGCUUCGGGCGGGGCAGCUGCGGCAUCGUCACUGACGGGGUCGGGUGCCGCUGCGGUAUCGGGCUCAGCAACGGGUCCAGUCAGCAGCGUGGACGCGGCUUGGGCGGACGGGGGAGCCUCUGGAUCACAUAUAAACCUGUUGGAUCCCGCGGGUUCGGCGCCACUGAAUAGCAGCUUAGGGCCGGGACUGCUGCCGGCGAUAGGCUCCCGCAGCGCUGGCAGGGCCCUCGGCAUCGCGGCGGCCGGCGCGGAGAUGGUGGUGGUUGAGGAGGAGGAGAGCUCGGAGUUUGCGUCUCCGGUCCAGCAGCCGGCCAACGUGCGUAGCAGCCUCAGCCAGUCGCAGGUCCAGGGCCUGGGUGCCGCGGGGGCGCUGACGGGGACAGGGGCAGGGACAGGCAGCGGGGCUGCCGCCAGCCCGUCAGGAGCUUCGCGCGGUGCGGCACCUCAAACAGGCGGAGGGGCCGUUGCGGGGCCAGGGGCGGCGCCAUCGGGGGCAGCCGGUGCUGGCGCCAGCGCUGAUCUGCGGCGCAUGGUCGCGGAGCUGAACGGACAGGUAUCACGGCUCACCGUGCAGCUGCGCGACAAUGAGGCGGCGGCGGCUUCACAGCUGCAGGCGCUAGUGGCGGCGGCGGCGGUGUCGGGGCGGGAGGCGGCCGAGGCGGAGGCGGCUGAGAAACACAUGAAAGCACUCAAGUCCGCGGAGGCUGCCCGCGACAAGGCGGAGGUGGCUCGCCGCAGCGCUGACAAGCGCGCCAAGUCGGCUGAGGAAGAGCUGGGCGCGGUGAAGGACAAGCUGGACGCCAAAAGCAAGCAGGCUGCGGAGCUGGAGACGGCGGUGGCGGCUGCGCAGUCGGCACUUGAGCGUCAGCGCAAGGGUCAUGAGGAGGCGCUGGCCGCGUUGGAGGCGCAGCACAAGCUGCAGAGCCGCAAAAUAGCCACGGACGCGGACACGGAAAAGAAGAACGCACAGGAGCACCUGUCCAGGCUGCAGGCCGACAUGGCCAAGCGCAACCAGACGCUACUGGCGCUGCAGGCGGACCUGGAGAUGGCCAGUCGGGACGCGGCGCGGCGGGCGGAGCAGGUGGCGGCGCUGGAGGACAGCGUGGCAAAGCUGCAGUCCGAGUUGGAGCAUGAGCGGCAGCACAGCCGCGGCCGCGGGCGGGGGCGGCACGCCGAUGAGGGUGGCGAAGACGGCGCCGGCAGCCACUGGCAGCGGCAUUCCAUAGCCCUGGAGGAGGUGCCCAAGUCGCCACUGCGCGGAGACGCGGCGGGCUCGGUAGCCAGCCCUAGUGGAAAAUCCGCCCUCGCCGACACGCCCCGCGGCGGAGCCACCAGCUCCCCCGCCCGCGGCCGGCCCAACGCCCUCAGCGGCGCCGCCUCCACCACCUCGGUCUCGGCCUCCGUGUCCGGGGCCGACGCGGGCGGCGCCAUCAGCAGCCGCGCCGCCGCCGCCGCCGCCAACUCGGCGCUGCUGGAUGAGCAGACUAAGGCGGUGCGGAAGCUGCAAACGGAGGUGGCGUCCAUCCGCGAGGGCUACGCGCACCGCCUGGUGCUGCUGGAGGAGGUGGUGGCGGGCUGCGAGGCGGCCAUGCGCGACGGGCUGCAGGGUGUCGAGCGCAUGUUCGGUGUACUUGUCAGCCGCACCGCCGGACUCCUGGCCAACCGACUGGGCGGCGGGUCACUCGCCCUGCCCAGCGGCAGCCGCCCCGUCACGCCCGCCGCCGCGCGCGCUGCGGCGGCGGCCGCCGCUGCAGGCGGCGCCGGCGGCGCCGCCACCGCCGUGCUCAUGCAGAUGAACGAGCGCCUGGCUGCAGAGAACGCACAGCUGCUGGCGGAGCUGGCGCGGUGGCAGAGCGGGCGGCACGGCAUGCUGCGCAAGAUGGGCAUGUCAGUGCUGGGCGCGGAGCCGCCGCCGCCGCCGUCAGAGAAGCCGCUGACGCACGAGCAGAAGAUUGCGCAGGCCCUAGCAGCCGUCACGGGCGGUGCCCGCGGCGGCGCGUCGGGGCAGGGGCGGCAGUCAACAUCAGGAGCCAGCUUCCCAGGCAGCAGUGCUGGCAGCUUUGGCGGUGGGGCUGGGGACGGCGUUGGCGGCGGCGUCUCCGCAGCUGCUGCACUUGGCGGCGUGGCUGGUGGCGGUGGCUCUGCGCAACAGACUGCGGCACGCGAGGCGCUGGCGGCGGCAGCACGUGAAGUGCUGUUGGCUGGGCGGAAGGAGCUGCUGCCGGCGGUGAUGACGGCGGAGGGCUGGGGCGAGGGCGCGGCGCCGGGUGGGCUGGACACCGGCGCGGCGUCUGCCGCUCUUCACGGUGGCAAGGCCGAGGCGGCGCUGGUGACCGCCGAGUCGGUGCUCCGGCUGCGCACGCAGGUUAUGACGCUGCAGGCGGAGGUGGCGCGCAUGAGGGCGAGUGGUGGCGAGGUGGUGGAGCGUGGCCGCGACUCAGCAGCGCUGCAAGAGGCGCACGAGGCGGCCAUGGCGGAGCUGCGCCGCGACCUGGCCGCGGCCCGGGGGCAGAUCAGCCACAUGCAGCGGGAGCUGGAGCGGGCGCGGGCGGGCAUCACAGACGCGCGGCCCGCUGGUCCCGGUGCUGGCGGCUGUGACGCCCUGGAGCGCGAGCGGCUGGAGUCCGCUGCGGCCGCCGCGCGCGAGGACGCGGGCCGCAACCGCUCCCUGCUGGCGGCGGCGAAGCGCGACUUGGAGGCGCGCGAGAGGCAGCUGGAGGAGGCGGUCGUGCGACAUGAGCGGCUGGAGUCGCAGCUGCGCGAGUCACGCGCCGAGUCGUCCCGCCAGGCGGAGGGCAUCAAGCGGCUGCGGCUGCUGCUGGCGCAGGCCAAGGUGUUGCUGCGCGAUCAGGCGGGCGUGGCCUUCAUGGAGGACGACCCAGGGCUGGAGCUGCUGCUGGCGGCAGAGAGGGACAAGGGCAAGGCGGGCGCAGCCGGGGGCGCUGGAGGGAAGGGCGGGUUGCCGCCGCGGCCCGGCACUUCGGCGGGGCACCGCGCUUCAGACGGCGACGGGCCGCUGUUCAAGGCGGUGGACGCCCGCGAGCGCGAGAAGGAAAUGCAGCGCCUGGCGAACGAGCUGGCGGAUGCGCAGUCGCAGCUGGCUACAGCCAACAAGGAGUUGAAGAAGGCACGCAAGCAGCUGACGACGCAGCAGGAGGCUGCGGCUGCCGCCGAGAAAGAGCAGCGCCUGGCUCUCGCGUCCACCAUUGACGCGCUCGCCAAGGACGCCGCCGCGGCCAAGGAGGCGUGCAAGGGGUUGCAGAAGCAGCUGCAGGAGGCCCAGCACGACGCGGGUGACCUGCGGCGGCAGAUUGUGGACCUGCAAGACAAGCUCGCGCGCGCCAAACUGGAUGGUGACUACCUGCGGGCGCGGGCGGCGGCGGGCAAGAUGAAGCCCAAGCUGAGCCACGCACGUGCGCUCAGCAUGAGCAUUGCAGCGGCAGCGGCCGUGCCGUCAGAGGGCUAGGCUCGCGGUCCGUGUUGUAGUAGGGGGGCUGGAAGUACGGCACGGCUUUACUUGCAGCCUGAUGAACGUGUGUCACGUGAUCGGGGUGGCAGCAUGUGUACAUAUGCGGCGAAUACCGUUGGUUGGUUUGGAGUGAACAAACGGGCUGCGGGCGACAUCUCGAAGCAACAUUGUAUGUGGAAUGAACGUCCAUGCGGCGGCUGACUGGACAUCAGGAGUCCAGGAUUUACAGUGCCCUGCACGGGUGCGACAUGCCCCCAUACAUGGUGUAAUAGGGCCAUCCGUGGCUCUCGCCAACGCGGCGUCUCCACACGGGUACCAUGUGCUGAGCUUGUGCCUAGGACUACAGACGACCACUCAGGAAAGUGUAAGCGGGCUAACGC